GGCACGAGCGGGGAGCUAUAAAAGGGAAGCUCUACCUGCAUAAAAAUUUUCCUAAUUUGUUAUUCACUACUUUUUUUUUUUUUUUGGCGUUACGGGGUGACGCUUCUGCUUUUUUUUUUUAAUACAGGCAUAAUAACGUUAUUAUUUACCUAAUAACACGUAAAUGUCGCUUCGGGGUGCCUCAUAACGGCGCUUUCCCUGCUCAGAACGACAGACUCUGGUUUCGGCUGUUGUAACUUCAAGGCCCUUCAGCAAUCGUUAAUUAACUAAUCAAGCCGGCGGGCGGGAUGGCUGGGAACAGCCUGGUGCUGCCCAUCGUGCUGUGGGGCCGCCGCGCCCCCACGCACUGCGUGUCCUCCCUGCUGCUCAUGGACGGUGCCACCGUCAUCGUCACCGGCUGCCACGAUGGCCAGAUCUGCCUCUGGGACCUCAGCCCGGACCUGCAGAUUAAUCCCAGAGCUCUGCUCUUUGGUCACACGGCCUCAGUUACUUGUUUGUCCAAAGCCUCAGCUUCCAGUGAAAAACAAUAUAUAGUGAGUGCAUCCGAGAGUGGGGAGAUGUGCCUGUGGGACGUGAAUGAUGGGAGAUGCAUCGAGUUCACCAAACUGGCCUGCGCGCACACGGGAAUUCAGUUCUAUCAGUUCACAGUCGGCUCCCAGCGGGAAGGGAGGCUCCUAUGCCACGGGCAUUAUCCCGAAAUUCUGGUGGUGGAUGCCACCAGCCUGGAAGUUCUUUAUUCCCUGAUAUCCAAGAUCUCUCCUGACUGGAUCAGCUCCAUGAGCAUCAUCCGAUCCAACAGGACACAAGAGGACACUGUGGUGGCAGUUUCCGUGACCGGCAUCCUGAAAGUCUGGAUCAUCACCUCGGAAGUCAGUCGGCUCCAGGAUACCACACCCGUGUUUGAGGAGGAAUCCAAGCCCAUCUACUGCCAGAACUGUCAGAGCAUUUCCUUCUGCGCCUUCACCCAGCGCUCGCUGCUGGUCGUGUGCUCCAAGUACUGGAGGGUUUUUGAUGCUGGGGAUUAUUCCCUCUUAUGUUCAGUCCCCAGUGAAAACAACCAGACCUGGACUGGUGGGGACUUUGUGGCAGCUGAUAAAGUGAUUGUGUGGACAGAGGAUGGGCAAAGUUUCAUCUAUAAAUUACCAGCCAGCUGCCUCCCAGCCAGCGACUCGUUCCGCAGGGACGUGGGGAAAGCCGUGGAAAACCUGAUCCCACCUUUGCUGUACAGCGUGUUGGACAGGGCAGAGAAACAGCUCCUGAUAUGUCCUCCAGUCACUCGCUUCUUCUGUGGCCAGGGAGAGUUCUCCUACAAGCUGCUGAUCCAAGGAGACUCCUCGGGGAGAUUGUGCAUCUGGAGCGUGCCCGACGCUCUGGAACAGCAAGAGAGUGCAAGAGGCCUGCCAAGCACCACCUCCAUCUCCCUGCAGGAAGCUUUCGACGAGCUGAGCCCUCGCCCCGCGGGCAUCAUCGACCAGCUGAGCGUGGUGCCCGGGCUGGGCGAGCCGCUGCGGGUGACGGCCAGCGUGUACAUCCCGGCCCACGGGCGCCUGGUGUGCGGCCGCCAGGACGGCAGCGUGGUCAUCGUGCCCGCCACCCAGACCGCCAUCGUCCAGCUGCUCCAGGGAGAGCACAUGCUCCGCAGGGGUUGGCCGCCCCACCGGACACUGCGGGGCCACCGGAACAAGGUGACGUGCCUGCUGUACCCUCACCAGGUGUCCUCCCGCUACGACCAGCGCUUCCUGGUCUCGGGAGGGGUGGACUUCUCUGUCAUCGUCUGGGACAUCUUCUCGGGGGAGAUGAAGCACAUCUUCUGCGUGCACGGCGGCGAGAUCACCCAGCUCCUCGUGCCGCCGGACAACUGCAGCGCCCGAGUGCAGCACUGCGUCUGCUCCGUCGCCAGCGACCACUCGGUGGGCCUGCUGAGCCUGCGGGAGAAGAAGUGCAUCAUGUUGGCCUCCCGCCACCUCUUCCCCAUCCAGGUCAUCAAGUGGAGACCCGCCGACGACUACCUGGUGGUGGGCUGCUCCGACGGCUCCGUGUACGUCUGGCAGAUGGACACCGGCGCCCUGGACCGGUGUGUGAUGGGCAUCACGGCGGUGGAGAUCCUGAACGCCUGCGACGAGGCCGUGCCCGCUGCCGUGGACGCCCUCAGCCACCCCGCCGUCAACCUGAAGCAGGCCAUGACCCGCCGCAGCCUGGCUGCCCUCAAGAACGUGGCCCACCAGAAGCUGCAGACCUUGGCCACCAACCUCCUGGCUUCCGAGGCCUCCGAUAAGGGGAAUUUACCCAAAUACUCCCACAAUUCCCUGAUGGUCCAGGCCAUCAAGACCAACCUGACAGACCCCGACAUCCACGUGCUGUUCUUCGACGUGGAGGCCCUGAUCAUCCAGCUGCUGACGGAGGAGGCGUCCCGGCCCAACGCCGCCCUCGUCUCCCCGGAGAACCUCCAGAAAGCCUCCGGCGCCUCGGACAAGGGCGGCUCCUUCCUGGCCGGCAAACGGGCGGCCGUGCUCUUCCAGCAGGUCAAGGAGACCAUCAAGGAGAACAUCAAGGAGCACCUGCUGGACGACGAGGACGACGACGACGACGCGCUGAGGCAGAGGAGGGAAGACGGCGACCCGGAAUAUCGCGCCAGCAAAUCCAAACCGCUCACCCUGCUGGAGUACAACCUGACCAUGGACACGGCCAAGCUCUUCAUGUCCUGCCUGCACGCCUGGGGCCUCAACUCCGGGCUGGACGAGCUGUGCCUGGAGCGCCUGGGAAUGCUGAAGCCUCACUGCUCCGUGUCCUUUGGCCUCGUGUCCAGAGGAGGCCACAUGUCCCUGAUGCUGCCCGGCUACAACCGGCCCGUGGGCGGAGUGGGCGGGGAGCCGGGCGGGAAGGUGUCCGGCGCCGAGGGGCCGGGCAAGGGCACCUACAGCGUGUCCCGCGCCGUCACCACCCAGCACCUGCUCUCCGUCAUCUCCUUGGCCAACACCCUGAUGAGCAUGACCAACGCCACCUUCAUCGGCGACCACAUGAAGAAAGGGCCCACCAGGCCACCCAGACCCGGCACCCCCGAGCUGGCCAGAGCGAAGCCACCACCCCCUCCCGUUUCCAGCCAAGGACAAAUUAAACAAGUUGCUCCUGCUGCUCCUUCUAACCUGGAAUCUGGGCACUCUGACACUGCUCCUCCUUUACAUUCCUGUUUCUUAGUCAAUGAAGGCUGGAGCCAGCUGGCAGCCAUGCACUGUGUGAUGCUCCCGGACCUGCUGGGCCUGGAAAAAUUCCGACCCCCUCUCCUGGAGAUGCUGGCGCGCCGCUGGCAGGACCGAUGCUUGGAGGUUCGGGAGGCGGCGCAGGCGCUUCUCCUGGCCGAGCUGCGGCGCAUCGAGCAGGCGGGACGCAAGGAGACCAUCGACGCCUGGGCCCCCUACCUGCCCCAGUACAUGGACAGCGUCAUCUCCCCUGGAGUGCCCACAGAAGCUGCUCAGACUGGCACUGCCAGCCCAGAGUCCGUGGGCACAGAGGCCAAAGCUCAGGAGGAGGAGCAGGACCUGGGGGACGACGACAUCGCAGCGGGGUGUCUCUCGGGCCUCCCCCAGCCCAAGAAGGUCUCCACGUCCUACGAGGAGCGGCGCAAACAGGCCACGGCCAUCGUCCUGCUGGGGGUCAUCGGGGCCGAGUUCGGCGCCGAGAUCGAGCCGCCCAAACUCCUCACCCGGCCCCGCAGCUCCAGCCAGAUUCCCGAGGGAUUCGGCCUCACCAGCGGCGGAUCCAAUUAUUCCUUGGCCAGGCACACGUGCAAGGCGCUGACGUUCCUGCUGCUGCAGCCGCCCAGCGCCAAGCUGCCGGCGCACUCCACCAUCCGCCGCACCGCCAUCGACCUCAUCGGCCGCGGCUUCACCGUCUGGGAGCCCUACAUGGACGUGUCCGCCGUGCUCAUGGGGCUGCUGGAGCUCUGCGCCGACGCCGAGAAGCAGCUGGCCAACAUCACAAUGGGGCUACCCCUGAGCCCGGCGGCCGACUCGGCGCGCUCGGCGCGGCACGCGCUGUCCCUCAUCGCCACCGCCCGCCCGCCCGCCUUCAUCACCACCAUCGCCAAGGAGGUGCACCGGCACACGGCGCUGGCGGCCAACACGCAGUCGCAGCAGAACAUCCACACCACCACCCUGGCCCGGGCCAAGGGCGAGAUCCUGCGGGUCAUCGAGAUCCUCAUCGACAAGAUGCCCACGGACGUCGUGGACCUGCUGGUGGAGGUGAUGGACAUCAUCAUGUAUUGCCUGGAAGGAUCUUUAGUGAAGAAAAAGGGCCUUCAGGAAUGUUUUCCGGCCAUCUGCAGGUUCUACAUGGUCAGUUAUUACGAGCGGAGUCACCGGAUCGCCGUGGGAGCCCGGCACGGAUCCGUGGCGCUCUACGACAUCCGCACCGGGAAGUGUCAGACCAUCCAUGGCCACAAAGGCCCCAUCACCGCCGUGGCUUUCGCCCCCGACGGCCGGUACCUCGCCACCUACUCCAACUCCGACAGCCACCUCUCCUUCUGGCAGAUGAACACGUCCCUGCUGGGGAGCAUCGGGAUGCUGAACUCGGCGCCGCAGCUGCGCUGCAUCAAGACCUACCAGGUGCCGCCGGUGCAGCCGGCCUCGCCCGGCUCCCACAACGCCCUGCGCCUCGCCCGCCUCAUCUGGACCUCCAACCGCCACGUCAUCCUCAUGGCCCACGACGGCAAGGAGCACCGCUUCAUGGUCUAGGAGGAAGCAGAUGCCGGCGGCGGCGGGAAGAGCCGGCAGAGCGGGAUCAGCAGCACCUCAUCCCGAGCCUGGCUCCUCCUCAUGGAUGUCAUCCCACCCCUGUUCCCUCUGGAGCCUCCCGGAAUGUCAGUGUUUACCACAACAGCUCCUUGUUUACAUGGAUUUUCUCCCGGAAUGCUGGUGGGUGACACAGCCCAGAGCCUGGGAAUGGGGAGGGCUGGAAUUUGGGAUCAAGUCUUCGUUUCCGAGGGAUCUGGGAAGUGCUGCUGCGCCCAGGCCGGAAGGAAAAAAUAAUAGUGUAUAUAAAUAAUUUAAAAAGCCCUUUCAAUGGAACAGCAAACUUGGAAAAAAGGAGUAUUUAUAUAUAAAGGUGGUUUUUGCUGCCAGUGCAGGUAUUUAUUUAAAUAAAGGACAAAGAGGAGCCAUUUGGGGCUGGAAAAAUGAUCAAAACUAUGGAAAAAGCAAAUUAUUGACUGGAUAGACUGAAACAUUUCCAUCAGUAGGAAUAUUCCUGUGUUACACUGGCUGUGACUGUGUUUCCUUCUUACAUAUCUUCAUUUUGUGGAAUAUUUAGUGUGAAAUCUGCUGGUUUCUGCUCACGGGCAAGAGAAGAUUCUCUCUUAAUUGUGUGUUUGUCCAGCUUUUCCUUGGCUGCAGAGCUUGGCCCUACGUGUUAAACUAAAACCGGUACUUGGAGAAUCCAAAAGGAAGAAAUUAAUUCCUCAAAUGGCUUCUAAGGAUAAAAUGCAUUUAUUUCCUUGUGCAGUGCUCAGGUGAGAUUUGCAGCCCAGCAGCUCCAUAUCUGUCUGCUGUUUAAAAUCCCAUUCCAAAGCAGGACAUUAGGAAUGCUGAACACAAACUGCUGGGAAUAUUCCCAGCGGAUAUUCCCGACCCUGUCAUUCCAGUGUGAGCUUCCCGUGCCGUAUCCAUGCUGUGUUUGUGAGUGUAGGGGUGUCCGUGGCUUUCCCUGGCAGUUCCCAAGCCAAAGGUGACACCUGGAUGAGAGGGGGGUGACGGGAGUCACCGUGUGAGCGGCUCCAGGGGCUGCUCCUCCGGGAAUCCGCUGCCCUCCCUGCGCGUGGAUUCAAAUUCCCGGUGUAAAUAUGCUCGUGGAAUAAAACUGGACUGAAACCUG